UUACGCAGGUGGCAUCCCCGGAUCAACAAUUAUAAUGAUCUCGUCUUAUUUCUGUAUAAAUGCAACAUGGAUAUUAAGUUCAUUGGAUCUGAUGAAGCAGCGAAAGCGUUGAUUUAUUAUGUUACAGAUUACAUCACGAAGUCUGCAUUGCCUCUACAUCUUGCGUUGCAGGCUUUGUGUUGGGCUGCUAAGCAAAACGAAGCUAAGUUCAAUAACGAUGACGAUGCUACAGUAGAUAUUGUUCAGAAGAGCUUGAUGGUUAAGGCUGUGAAUUCAAUGAUGGCGAGACAGGAACUAUCUCAUCAGCAGGUUAUGAGUUGGCUCGUGGGAGGAGGUGAUCGCUACUGCAGUCACUCGUUCAAGACCCUUUUCUUCCCGGAGUUU